CAGAACUUGAUCAGCAUACUCACAGAUGACUUCAUGAACUGAAGCCAGUGGUUGAUUUAACAGAGUGGACACCAGUUGAGGUGUAGCAAUGGCAGAUGGUGUGGACCUCAGCCGGAAGUUUGUGUCUGAGUCAGAAUUAGAGGAGAGAAGGAAGAAAAGGCAAGAAGAGUGGGAAAAGGUCAGGAAGCCAGAUGACCCCGAAGAGGUCCCAGAAGAAGAGUACGAUCCGCGUUCUCUGUUUGAGAGAUUGCAGGAGCAAAAGGAUAAGAAGCAAGAGGAGUAUGAGGAGCAGUUUAAAUUCAAGAACAUGGUGAAAGGCUUAGACGAAGAUGAAACAAACUUUUUGGACGAGGUGUCAAGGCAGCAGUCUCUAGUGGAGAAACAGAGGAGAGAUGAAGAACUCCAGGAGCUGAAAGAAUACAGGAGUGCUCUGAAGAAACUGGCAUCCAGUGAGAAUCAGAGAAAGGAGCCAGAGAAGAGGGCGGGGCCCAAACCCGGGGAACACAAGACUAGUCACCUGUCUCAGGCUCACCUGCUGGCCGGAGCCGUCAAAAGACGCAACUCAUCUCAGUCUUCAGAGGGCAGUAAAAAACCGAAGGGUGAGGAGUCCGCGGCGGGGAACGUCAGUCGGACAGAGCAGGGGGCGGCCAGCGCGGGGGCGGGAGGGCAGGGCCCCGGGGCCGGAGUGACCAGGCAGGGUAAGCUCCACCUGCCCUCCGCCGCCGUGUGCGUGGGCAUCCUGCCAGGACUGGGAGCCUACUCGGGCAGCAGCGACUCCGACUCGAGCAGCGACAGCGAAGUUUAACCUCCCCUGCCAGCUUAACCCGCCGAUGCCAAACCCUCCCCCCUGCGCCUCCUGCACGCUGCUAUUGGCCAAGGGGACAGUGACUGACAGCUGUGGAUGGAAGGAGAAGACUGCUAAAUGUCACAUCAAUCAAUAUCGUGGUCUUAAUAAAACAUCACAGGAGAGACGAACAAAAAUGUUUAUGGACAAUCCAGGCUGAAAAAGAUGUGGAAAAACGUCUGGGUUUGCUUUUAGGUUUGUCUACAGUUUUUCUUUCUUUCUUUUUUUUUUUUUUUUAAGUAAUGCUACAGAGCUGGAAUUUUUAUGAAUUGUUCCGUGUAUGGA